CGGGGUCCUCCGCGCCUCGCUGCCCGGGAAACUUCGGAAGCUCGCCGGGGAGCGGCUGCCCGGUGCCCCGAGGGGCGCUCCGGGGGACGGCGCGGUCCCCGUGCGCACCAGCUGGAUGGCGCGGACCCUGCGGCCCGACGACAUCAACCCCCGCACGGGGCUGGUGGUGGCUCUGGUCAGCGUCUUUCUGGUGUUCGGCUUCAUGUUCACCGUGUCCGGCAUCAAGGGAGAGACCCUGGGGGACAUCCCGCUGCUGGCCAUCGGGCCGGCCAUCUGCCUGCCGGGCAUCGCCGCCAUCGCCCUCACCAGAAAGACCGACGGCUGCACCAAAUGUCCCGAGAACAUGCGCCCGUGCUGCAAGGAGGUCAGGGACCGGGAUGUCGUGGAGCUGCUAAGGACCCCCUCGGACCUGGAGUCUGGCAAGGGCAGUUGUGACGAGCUGGCCAGGAAAGCUUACCGCAAGGACAGGAGGGGGCUGAGGGGAGAGGACACCGUGUUCAUCUGCACCUCCGGCACCACCGCCGCUGCCCCGGCAGAGGGCAAGAGCCUCGCCAAAAAGGUGGAGCAGGAGGAGAUGCUGAAAUACCUGGAGAGCUGUUACCCAGAGAUGCCAGAGAAUGUGUUCGUGGGAGAUGGCUCCACAUACAGUGCCUUGGAGAAGAAGAGCUCUUCUCCCAGCAGGGACAGCACUCCUUGCCCUGACAUUGAAGACAACAUUUUUGUGGCUCCUAAAGAUAGUAUCAUUGUCUGCUCUUACAAGGAUAACAGCCCUUAUGACAGGUACUGUUGUUACAUAAACCCCACCGGAGUCAACUCAGACCAGGAGACCAUUGUGUGAAAGAUGCAUACUUUAUAUAUAUGUAUGUAUACAAAAACUGCAACGUCAACUUCUUGAUAGGGGAUAAUAUAGCUGACUGCAUGGGACAAUCCUGAUAGUAUUUCAAUUUAAAGUGUUAUGUGACUGAUACUCAAACCUUUUGUGCCUGAAGUACGCUUUCUGUAAGUAAACAAGCAUGUUUAAAGGUUAAGGAAUUCAAUUUUUCAU